AUGGAUUCAACGAUCGUUAGAUUGCGUGAGAAGAGAUUUACAGGAAAGGAAAGUUUCACAUUCCCUGAUCCAUCUCAAACACACAACCCAUAUUCCUUCUCCUCCUCCGUCGGUGAAGCAGCUAUUGAUUCAAUCCGUGGAUAUCGUAAGGGGGAGAUUGAUGGAAAACCAUUUUUCAUAUUCGUUUUCUUAUCUGAAACUGAAACAGAAACCCCAUCCUCCUCCUCCUCUUCCUUCUCCUCUUCUCCUCAACCUCUUUUCAUAUGUCCUUCUAUACGUCUCAGAAUCCAAAAGUCAAAGCGUAAUACUCCAAACAAAACUUUUCGGUUCGAAACUACCCCUCUCUUCCCCACCAUAGGAAGAAGCGUUGAUCAAGAAGUCCAAGAUAUGCUUAAUUCCGACAUCCAUGGUGAUAUAUGUAAGUUCCCUGUAGUCCCUUUGGUUCAUGAUGACGAAGAUGAUGAUGAUGAUGAAUAUGACUAUGAAGAUGAUGACGAACAUGAUGAUGAUGAUGAUGAUUUUGAGUGUUGCGAUGCAUGCAAACAGGAGAUACUUGAGGGAGCAUAUUACUAUAUAUGUGACACAUGUGGUAAAAUGUUCCACAAAGAAUGCGUGGAGUCUCCACUUGAGAUCAAACACCCCUCCUACCCUUUUCUUUCUUUCCAACUUUACAGUGUAAGACCAUACGGUUUGAAUUGCAUAGUGUGUGACACAAGCCUCAACCACAACCCCAUGAUAUAUCUUUGCCCUACUUCUAAUUUGGGUAUGCAUACGGUUUGUGCGAUGAAGCCUGUACCCAUUAUCAUAAACCACCCAAAAAGCCAUCUCCACCCUCUCACUUUUUUCCCCAAACAAAACUUCUUACCUUGCAAUGUUUGUGGCCUCAUUGAAGAAUCUGUUCCUGCCUAUGUAUGUCUUCCAUGUGUCUUCGUGGUCCAUCGAGAUUGCAUCUACUUCCCGAGUGUCAUUCGAAUGUCUCGUCACCACCACCGUAUCUCUUUCACUUCAUCUCUUCCAUCCGGAAGAUUGAUAUGCGGAGUAUGUCGCAAAGAGGUUGACAAUCAUUAUGGGGCCUACCGUUGCAACAAGUGUGAAGAUUAUUUUGUUCAUUCAAGAUGCGCGUUAAGGAGUGACCUGUGGGAUGGAAAAGAACUCGAAGGAGUACCUGAAGAACCUGAGAUAGAGAUUGAGCCAUUCGAGAGGAUAGCUGAUGGAAUAAUAUCCCAUUUUUCGCAUGAGGACCAUUAUCUAAAACUCGAGAGCUUUGAAGUUUAUGACCAAGACAAGUUUUGUCAAGCUUGCGUCCUUCCAAUCUAUCAAGGUAACUAUUAUUCAUGUAUAAAUGAAUGUGACUUCAUCUUACAUGAAACAUGUGCGAGUUUGCCACGUAAGAAAUAUCAUGCAUUUCAUCGUCAUCAGCUUACGUUGGUGACUUCGAACGACGUCAUUGACAAGUUGGUGACUUCGAAAGUCAUUGACGCAAUUUUUAGCAGGGUCAAAGGUUGCUUCACGUGUCGUGCUUGUGAGCGUAUCAGUUGUGGUUUCGUCUAUGAGUGUGUCGAAAGAAGAUGUGGUUUUCAACUAGACGUACGUUGCGCCUCAGUUUCUGAACCAUUUGAAUAUCAAGGCCAUGAGCACCCCUUAUUCCUAGCGCUAACGCCAGAAGAAGAACAAUCGGCUUCAUGUUAUAUUUGCUGUCGAAGUAAUAGCCUAACACAGUUUUUCCGCAGAGGUAUGCUUAAUUGCAUCGAGUGCAAGGAUAUUAUUAUAUGUUUGACGUGUGCUACCUUACCUUACAAGGCAAGGUAUAAGCAUGACAUACAUUUUCUCACAUUUAGAGAAAGAAAAGAUGGAAGUGAUCAAUUAGACUGGUGUGAUGUAUGCGAAGGCAAAGUAAUGCAUUCAAAAGAAGGUGGGUUCUAUUCGUGCGAUGACUGCUGCACCACUCUUCAUGUUGAUUGUUUGUUUGGGAAACAGCCGUAUAUGAAACCUGGUCACACCAUCGAGUUCUUUAAUGAGGAGUUUCAAAUUCUUCCCAACAAUACCCAGUCUCGACCAUUCUGCCGUGUUCAUGAUAAAGCUCGUUGUCAAGACAGAAUAGUGUUUAAGAAGGAAGACAUGAUGUUAUGUUCUUAUGGUUGUUACAUUGGUACACGUCCUAUAUAG